AUGGCUUCUGAUCCUUUAGAACACGAACCUCCUAGACAUGUGAAGGAGGAGGUUGAGAGUCAUCAGGCAGUAAUCACAUGGGAUUUCUUCCUGGCUGAGUUCAAGAAGAAGUAUAUCAGUCACGUGUACUUGGAGGCCAGAAAGAGGGAGUUCUUAGCUCUGAGGCAGAGGCAGUUGACAAUAUUAGAGUAUGAGAGAGAGUUUAUUACUGAUUUCUCCUUGCUAAUGGCGCCGGCUCUGAAUGCAGAGAGAGUCAGAGAAAGUGAACAGACCAAGAGGAACAGGCAGCAGAAGAGAGGACUGGGACAAGGACAGUCCAGUAUGAAUGUUUCCACUGCUCCACCACAGACUGAGAGGUCUGCCUCAGCAGCCCUGAGGCGUAGAAGACCUGCUAGGCCAGAGGCAUCUGGUACUUCACAAAAGGGUACUUCAGAGAUAGCUGAGAGACCUGAAGCCAGAGUAGCACCACGUGCAUAUGCCAUGCAGGCUUGGGAUGAGCCAGAUCCAGCAGAUGUCAUCAAGGGUAUAUUUUCUCUCUAUGACAUGUCUGUAUAUGCAUUGAUAGACCCUAGUUCUACGCAUUCAUACAUAUGUAUUGCACCACCAGUAGAUAAAAGGGUACAGAUAGAGGGAUUAGAAGAAGACAUACUUAUCACUAACCCUUUAGGCUAUAGCGUAAUGGUGAUGGUGGAUUAUCGGCUAAAGAGGAUCACUCUAAGAACAGUAGAGGGUGAUGAGAUAACAGUUGUGGGGGAAGGAACGGGUAGCCUUUCUAGUAUCAUAUCAGCCACAACAGCUAGGAGAUUGAUAAAGAAGGGCUGUGAGGCUUUCCUAGCACAUGUGAUUGACAUCAAGAAGACUAACCCGAGUCUACAUGAUAUCCCCAUAAUAUGUGAUUUUUCGAAUGUAUUUUCAGAGGAGUUGCCGGAUAAGAUUGCCUUCCUUGGACACAUUGUAUCAGCAGAUGAGAUCAGAGCGGAUCUAAAGAAAAUUGAAGCUAUAAUUGAGUGGACGCCUCCUAAAAGUGUGCUUGAGGAUAUGCUUCAGAGUUACAUUAUUGAUUUUGAAGGAACUUGGGAAAAGUACCUUCCGUUGGUAGAAUUUGCAUAUAAUAAUAGUUACCAAGCAAGUAUAAAGAUGGCUCCAUAUGAAGCAUUAUGUGGGAGGAGAUGCAGAACCCCAUUAUGCUGGACAGAACUGGGUGAGGACAAGAUUGUGGGGCCAGAUCUUGUGAAACAGACUGAGGAGAAAUUAAAGCUCAUCAGAGAUAAUUUGAAAGCCACCUUAGAUAGGCAGAAGUCAUAUGCAAAUCUAAAAAGGAAAGACAUAAAAUAUGAAGCCAUUAUUAUUCAGAAAGCUUUGCAAUUCCCAGAUAUUUUCCUAUCAAGCUCCACUAUUCCUUCUCAUUUACAUGGCGUUUUCCGUUUCGCUUGGUCUCCUCUCAUCUCUGAAUUUCCUCUUCUACUUCACCCCCAUCACCUAAAAAUAGAAACCCAUCGGCUAUUUUCUUCUUCUUCUUCUUCGUCUUGGCUUCUGCAUUCCUGUAAAGAUCUCAAAACUCUCAAACAAAUCCAUGCUUCUGUUAUAGUCUCCGCUGGUUUCGUUGAUCCUGUCUUCUCUGCUUCAAAGCUCAUGUCUUUAUACUCGAACUUUAAUGACCUUGAAAGUGCCAUUUCUGUGUUCAAUUCCGUACUUGAGCCUAGUACUCUAACUUGGAAUUUGAUAAUGAAAUCCCACGUUAAUUUUGGCCUUUCUAAUGAGGCUUUGCUCUUGUAUAAGAAGAUGAGAGAAUUGGGUGUUGAACACGACACUUUCACGCUUCCUAUAAUAAACAGAGCUGUUUUGUCUCUUAAGAGCAGGGUAGUGUUGGGACAAAUGGUUCAUUCUGCUUCAAUAAAAUUGGGUUUUGGAUUCGAUCUUUAUUUUUGUAAUACAAUGAUUGAGGUCUAUGCGAAAUAUGGACGCGUCUGGUAUGCUCGAAAAGUGUUUGAUGAGAUGCUGCAGAGGGAUUUGGUUUCUUGGACAUCCAUGAUUUCUGGGGAUGUUUUUGAAGGAAAUGUUUCUGCUGCUUUUGAAUUGUUCAAUAAAAUGAGACUGGAACUGGAACCAAAUUCUGUGACUUUAAUUGUUAUGUUGCAGGGGUGUUAUGCAUUUGAUGUUUUGAUUGAGGGGAGGCAACUUCACUGUUAUAUCAUCAAGAAUGGGCUAUUAGUUGAUGGGUCUGUGCAAAAUUCAAUUUUGAGAAUGUACAGUAAAUUGGGUUGUGUCAAAGAAGUCGAAACUUUUUUCAUUGAAAUUGAUAAGAGAGAUGUUAUUUCUUGGAAUACUUUGAUUAGCUUCUAUUCUUUGAGAGGAGAUGUUGAACAACUGGCUGAGAGGUGUAAUAAAAUGUACAGUGAAGUAGCACUUAGCAGGGAGACUUUAACUUUACUUAUAUCAGGGUUUGCAAAGAUUGGGAAUCUGGUGGAAGGUGAAAAGCUCCACUCAUUUUCCAUAAAAUCUGGGUUAUGUGAUGUCAUUUUGCUCGCUUCACUCAUGGACUUUUAUGCGAAGUGUGGUAAAUUGAGAAAUUCAGUUCAGUUGUUUGAAUCAAUCCCUUGUAGAAGCAGCAUUACUUGGAAUGCGAUGAUGUCAGGGUACAUUCAAAAUGGAUAUUUUGAUGAUGCCAUUAAUUUGUUCCGGCAAAUGAAAUCUGCAGGUGUUCAACUCCCUGCUGAGAUUUUAGGAAGCCUUGUUGAUGCAUGCAGUCAUCUGGGUGCAUUACAAUUGGGUAAAGAAAUCCAUGGCUACCUCAUCAGGAGCUUGUUUUACACACAUGAGGAAGAAAAUAUACAAUUGGGAACCUCUGUCCUCAACAUGUAUAUAAGAUGUGGAAGCAUUUCUUUAGCAAGAGUUUGUUUUGACAGAAUGUCCGCAAAAGAUAAGGUAACAUGGACAUCAAUGAUUGAAGGUUAUGGAAUCCACGGGCUGGCUAUUGAAGCCCUACAACUUUUCUCUCAGAUGAUGGUGGAAAGAAUAAUACCGAACAGAGUGACCUUCUUAGGCUUGUUAUCUGCAUGUGGCCACUCCGGUCUGAUCAGAGAAGGCUGUGAUCUGUUCUUUUCUAUGAAAUGCAUACUUGGCAUUGAACCUGAUUUAGACCAUUACACUUGCAUGGUGGACCUCUUAGGUCGAUCUGGAAAGCUCAAAGAGGCAUUAGCUAUGAUUGUAAGAAUGGUGGUUGUUGCCGAUAGUAGAAUAUGGGGAGCUCUUCUUGCUUCCUGUAGAGUUCAUGGAGACAGGAAAAUUGGGGAAUUUGCAGCACAAAGGCUUUUGGAAGUGGAACCUGAUAAUGUUGGAUAUCAUACAGUGCUGAGUAAUAUACAAGCUUGUGUUGGAAAGUGGGAUGUAGUUGAAGAAGUUAGAAAAAUUAUGCAUGAGAAGGAGCUGAGGAAGACACCAGGUUGGAGCUAUAUUGAGGAAAAGGGGAAGAGUUAUUGUUUUGUAUCAGGAGACAGAUCACAUGAGCAAAAUGAGGAAAUUUAUGAGAUAUUGGGGCAUUUAAGUAGGAAAGUGCAGGAAUUUUGAUAGUUAUAGCUAUCAAUUUGCAGAUAUUAUUAGUUUAGAAGGAAUUCUGAUCGUAACCCAAAGGGAUGAAAUUUUUCUGCUCCUGUUUUACGAGCUGCAUGUCUGUAAGAGUUGGUUAAAGAUAAAAGUUUAGAUCAAA